ACGAACUGCUGGAUGGAGGCCCUGACGUUACGGUAUCUCCCGCGGGCGUCGGGCGGACUCUUGGGGACGAAGGAAACGCCCGUCAUGUACCCAAAAAAAAAAUGGAAGAAAAGCCUUCGUCUCAUCUUGUUUUAAAUAAAUAUACGAAAGGUCUUAGAGCUGAUACGGUGUGUUGCGCGAUUCCUUCGCCCUCCCCUUCCUUGCAGAUAACCAGUAGAAGAUGGCUUUCCAGUCGGUUUUCCGAUCGCUGUGCGAGGUUUUCCCGCAAGUUGAUCUUCGUAUAUUAAAGGCUGUUGCCAUUGAACAUUCUGUGGAUGUUGAUGCUGCAGUUGAAUUUAUUCUUUCAGAUGUUUUACCAAAUGAAAUGGAAAAUUUAUCUGCUGAAGUUGGGCUGGGCAAGCAGGCUGCUCCACUGGGAGAUGAAGAAGUUGAAAUCCUUAUGACUCUACUUACAGAAGGAGAUUUAGUAAGACGUGGAAGAGCUUCUGAUCAUGAUACAAGUUCUGCUGUUGCCAAUUCAUUAGGUAUGGUGGAAGCAGUUGAUGAAGGUUCACAAGUUGGAUAUGCAGGUGAUCCAAAGGAACCCAGUCUUCUCAUGCCUCAUGAUGAAUGUUUUGAUGGAAACAUUUAUCCAAGUCCCCAUAUGUUACCAAAUUUAGUGGACAAUAGAACUGGUUUCACUUCUAAUCUGAAGAAUGGUGCUCCUCAUCUUGACGACUUCCUGUGCAAAACAAUGGUUGAUGCUGGCCUUUCUGAUGCCCAUGGUGAGAAUAACUGCAAUCAAGUAAACUCCAAUGCCAAACUUGAACAGGAUUCUUUGGGUGAACACUUUCAGUGUUGCAUGGGAGUAGCAGAGAAUUUGAAUGAAGCCCUGCAUUCCAAUGGCGAAGAUUUGUACGAGUUGAAUGCUGAAAAAUCCAUUGGAGCUGUUCAUUCCGAUGUUAAGAAUUCUUCAUCAGCAAAUGUUGAAAAAAAUCCAGAUCAAUUGGAGUAUGGAGCUGCUGUUAAUUCCGAUGUUAAGAAUCCUUCAUUAGCAAAUGCUGAAAAAAAUCCAGAUCAAUUUGAGCAUGGAGCUGCUGAAGAAGUUGGUAUCAACCAUUAUGUAAGUGAAUCUGAAGUGCAACAGUCCCAAUUUUCAGGUGAACCUGCUAAGAGUCAGGAUUUAUAUGGGUUAGAACCUAAUGAUACUGCUUCAUCUACUUUUAUCUCUGGUCAAGAUACCCUGCAGACAGUUUGUGACGAAAGCUCUGAUUCUAUGGAUGCUGGUGCUGGCAUACAGAAGGGUAUUGACGGUACUAGUAGUGAAUAUGAAGAACAGAAGUCAAGGUGUUUAUCCAAGACUAGUACUGAUUUGUUAUCUAUCGAGAGUGAGCUGCCUUCUGUUGAUGUUCCAUCCACACUAGCUACUCGAUCAGGCCAUCUUAUUAGCAUUGAGUUUCUGGAAGAAUUUAUUAUUGAUGCCAAAAACAAUAAGGAAAACUUGAUGUCUGCCAAGGAGUCGGUGACUAAUUUGAUGAAAGAGGUAGAACAACUUGAGGAGAGGGCCAAACAGACCAAGGAGGCGGCCUUGACUGCUGGUCAAGAUAUUCUUCUCAAGGUGGUGGAACUCAAGCAGAUGUUGAAGCAUGCAAAGGAAGCAAACGACAUGCACACAGGAGAGGUGUAUGGUGAAAAAGUUAUUUUAGCAACUGAAGCUCGGGAGCUUCAAUCUCGACUUCUCAGUUUGUCAGAUGAACGGAAUAAAUCUCUUUCAGUAAUUGAGGAGAUCCGCCAAGCUCUUGAAGCUCGAAGAUCUGCUGCAGAGGAAAAAAUGGCAAUGGCUGAGCUGGAAAAGCUUGAAAGAGAAGAAUUGGCUCGCAAGGCUCUUCGUGAACAAGAACUCAUAAUGGAUGCAAUAGCAGAAGAGUCAAAAAAACUGAAACAAGAGGCAGAGGAGAACACUAAGUUGAGGGAGUUCUUGAUGGACAGUGGUAACAUUGUUGAUGCAUUGCAAGGUGAAAUAGCUGUCACCUGUGAGGAUGUGAUGUUGCUCAAAGCAAGAGUUGAUGGGUGCAUACCUCCUGGUAAAUCACAAAGAUCAACUUCCAGCUUGGUAUCAUCAUCCAGUUCAUCAUGCCAUGGGAGUUUACAUUCAUCAGAUGGGGUCCUCAGUCAUGUGAAAUUAGAUGACCAAGACUCCUCAAAGGGGCAGCAGCAAGAAAGCGGCAAUAAUAAUGAUACAGAACUCAAUGUUGGUCGCAAACUCUCUGUGCCUUCAGAUGAUGAUUGGGCAUUUCUUGAAUUUGAGGGUUAGAUGUACAGCGAAACACUUAGCGAGGAUGUCAGAGACAGCUAUGACUUGAUGAAGUUUUGCUCCAGUUUUCAUGGCAUUUACUAUGUUUCUCUGGAAAAUAGUGUUGGAACAUCAGUGCAGGGUCUUUUAUAUAAAUAAUUGAUUGUAAAUACAUCAUCACAUAUAGAUUUCCAUCUUUAUUUCAAAUCUGUUUACUAGUUAAAUUGAAGUGAAUGCAAGGUUUGCCA